GAUGAUCUUCAAGGUCCCUUCCAACCCCAACCCUCCUGUGAUUCUCGCAAGCUGUCCCCGGCUGUGCCCCAUGGGCCCGGGUGCCGCCCCCCGCCGCUCUCCGCAGGGCCGCGGGCGCAGCGCUGGCGCCCGGGGACCGCCAGCUCCGGACGGGACGGCCCGGCCCCUCCGGGCCGGCGGGGAUGUCCGCGGCCGAGGCCUCCCUGCAGCGCCCCAGCCCGGGGGGCCUCGCCGAGCCCCGGCCGCGGCUCCGCCCGCGGCGGCGGCGCCUCCGCCGGAAGGGAAGCGCAGCCGCCCCGGCCAAGGGGAGGGGAGAGCGCGGGGGAGGGGACACCGCCCGGCCCGGCGCCCCCAGAGGCGGGCGGGCGGGCGGCCGCCCCGUGCUCCCCUCCGCGCUGCGGUACCUGCGCUGGAAGUCGGUCCGGAAGGGCGCCAGGAGAGCAGGCCAUUCCCAAGAGGAGAGGUUCCCUUUGGUGUCUGUAAAGGCUCCUAGAGUGUUGCAUAUCCACUCACAGCUGACAGUUGCUACUGCGGAAACAGCUGGAUUGCAACAAUCUGCAUGCCCAAGGUUUAGUCCCUGCUGAAUGUGCCAUUCCCUCAGUCCAGAUAUUUCUUCUACAAAAGGAGAGGAAGACAGGUAUUUCUAGGAGCAGAGUGGACAUGUGUAGUGAGAGGUUGGAUUUGGUUGUCUCCUUCCUUGAUUUCCCUAUCAGCCUAUCUGAUGUUGUCCUUUACAGGUAAAGCCAUAAUAAAAACAAUCUGUACUCAGCUGGGUCAUGAGAAAGGGACAGAGACAGAGAUCUCUGAUCACACAGGACUAUGCCUUUAAAGCAAGUAUAAGCAGAUUUGGUGCUUUCAUUCAGUAUCCACCUAUCAUCAUCUUGCUUUGACUGCCAUCUGUUUUCUCCUCUUUCUCUCAGAUUUUCAACAAAGUUUCCCUGUCCCUCACAAAACCUGCUACUUGCCAUGGCAAGGUUUGGCUGGAGUAAGUCACAGCCAGAUCAUAAAUUGAUAUAACUACUGUUUCCUUCCUUGGAUUGUCAGUGAUCCUGAAGCACCUGAGUUGCCCAAAAUUCUUUUGUAGUAAAUUAGAUAAUUGCCAGCAAACGGGACUGCACACCUGCUGCAUUCGAUCCCAGUCUUCUAUGAUGACCGUAGGCUUCCUCCUACAAAAGUUUUUUCAAAGGUUUGGUUGUUCAGCAACCCAACUAGAAGGGUUCACAGACAGUUUGUUACACUGAAAAUCUUUGCUACACCAUAUACACACUGAUAAGAAUUUACUGUUAGCCCAGUAAAUAUUCUAACAGUAUAAUUUAUCUGAUUAAUGCAGAAAAGCCUCACUUUUCUGGUGUUCUGGUCACCUUUCCAGUUGCUUCUAAGUCCUGAGCUUGGCAGUCUUCCUGAUGCAGACAGGAGAUGGGACUUGCUUUGUAGUCAUCAGCCCAUGAGGCCUACAGAAGAAGAACAGUGAUGUUUACAUUGGGGGAUUCUAAUUCCUCAGCUUUGGCACUCCUGCAGCUGUCUCCUCAGCAACUGCUGUGUUGCCAUCUGAUUCAACACGUGCACAAGAAACACUUGCAAAGGGAGCUGAGUCAUUCUCUAAAUCUGGAACAUCGUCCUCGGAACACAAAACUUUCCUCUGCAGGACUUAAGGGCAAGUAUUAGCUGCAAGUAUUAGCUGUGUCAUUUUGCAUGGGAUGUUUUAGCUUCUCUUACUUUAAAUUACUAGUGUGUCUCACUGAAAAGCACGAAUUAGCUGUAUCCACCAAAAUUUUCUUCGUGACCUUUGUGUUGCAAAGUGCUAAAUACUUAUGUUCUUACUUCUGUGUUCUAUUUACUUUUCUUUUAAUUAAUUGUCAUUUCAAAAUAGACUCACAACUUCACUGAAUUGUUUUUAGUAUAUACAUGUAAUUUCUGUGAACUGUGACUACUUUGCUGUCAUUGAGGAACCCUUGAGUCUCAAGGAACAUAACCUCCUGUACAAUCAAACUGUUAUUCCAGUCAGAACAUUAAAAGAUGCUCACUGUGAAUAUCAAUCUGACUUAAGUAAUGUGAUAUAGCUAACAUUUAAGAGGGCUGAUGAAUCAGGACAUGUAUUAUACACCUUAAAAGUGAGGAAGAAGCAAGAUCAACUGUUUAUGUCUUAUUACUUUCUUAGCACUAUAAAAUUUCAUACACAUUCUUUGCAUUUUUAAAUGGAUGGACUUGUUUCCAUCUUGCCUCUGUGCUUGCCAAAAAUGUGUGCUCUGGUAGGUUGAAACCACUCUAGCACUACUACAAGUGAUUAAUACUAGGUUUAUUUUCAGGUUUAUGUCCAAGUUGCUGGAUUACUUGAAGCUCUGAAUAAGAUUUACAUGAAGACUUGUGAAGAGCUCUGUAUAUGAGUUACAUUGCUCAAAAUAAAGCUUUUCAGCUGACUUCUUCAGUAUAAUUCUUUUCAUGUUGUAGGAAUUUUCAUGCUAGGUCUGUUUUUGUAAAUACUGCCUUUAUUAAAUUUUUAAAAUCACAAAGUAAUACUUUUUGCUUUAGGUUUAUUUUCUUGAUUUAUGUGCUAACAUGUUUAUCUUCUCCCUCUCUCUUGUCUAGUUCUAUUUUAACACUGAUUUUUUCCCUUUGUUUUACAGUAAGUCAUGUGGCAUUGACAUCCCUAAGAAAUGUAAAAUUAACAUGGAAGAAAAUUAAACAGCAUAUCGAUGGAUGAGAUAGGCAUGAUGGUUUCUCCAUGAUGUCAUUGCAUGUUGAUGAAGGGACAGCAGUAUGAAACAUGAGAUGCUAAUGUCACCAAAAUACUACCCUGGUUUUGCAAGGAGUUGCACAAGGAGCCAUUCCUUUUCUGCAAAAGGAAGGCUUGAUUAUUUAUAACUGUAAAAACAAAACCAGAAAAAUAACUGCCACAUGUUUCCUGUUUUCUUAAUUUCCUUUCUAUUCCAUGAAGUUUAGAUAUUCUUAUUAAUUAAAAAAAGGCAAACUAUCACCUCUUGUCUCUGUUUUUCUCAAAUCUAGAAAUGUUUUGCAAAUUUAAUUUAAAACAAUGUCAAAUGUCUUGCCCUGUUUUUUUUUUAUUUUUAGAAUAAACUGAAGUGUUUCAGCUUUUA